AUGAACACUCCGGAAGCCGACACAAAGUCGAAGAAGGGCGACAACGAGAAGAGAAAGCAGGCUAAGAGAGACAAGAAAAAGGCGAAGAAGAGGGCUGAAAAUACCGAGACGGUGCUGAAUGGCAAAAAUGCAGCCAACGAUGUGUCGUCGAGAAGUAUCGAGGCCGGAAACUGGCUCAUAGCCUUCGGCGAGUCCGAUAAGCGACUCACAGACCUGCCUGCCACCAUCCUGCGGUCGAUUCUAGCUGAAGUACUUCCGGACCGCAUUCAGCUUCGAGGAGAAGGAUUCCAGACGGACUGGAAGCUGACCUGGAACCAAACAACCGUGUGGGCACCAAAGUUGAUGCUGGUCAAUAAGGCGAUGAAGACGGCUGUCCGACCACUGCUAGGAGAGCGCAUCGCUAUUACCGCCGUAUACCGCUGUCCCCUUGAAUUUGCUAUUAGAUCCGAAUUCUCAACCUCCCCAAAUAUACCCCCUCCGCUGAUUCCCCUCGAGGUCUUCCCGGGAUACAUCGUCAAGCGCACGAAAGAGCUCCGGGUCCACCAAUCCCCACUCCAAACCAUGUUCCGAUCGCAUACAAUGGACGUCUCGGCUUUCCGCAAAUUGGAAAGCAUGGAAGUCGUACUCGGUGACAUUUGUCGGAAUGUCGAGAAUCUGGGUCAAAUUGGCGACGAAGAUGGCUUCGUCACUUUCAACAAUGGCGAAAAGUGCUACAUUCGUCAGAAGCUCCUCGAAAUUCCAAAUGCCCUCAGCUCCGCGGGUAUUGACUGGGAAGAGCUCGCAGACAAUACUGCGUCGGAGCUGGGACUUGAUUACUCGCAGCUGAAGAGAAAUGGGCAAUGGAGACGUCUCCUUGCUCAGAUGCUGAGGAAUUCGUUCUUGCCAAUGAGCCGCUGGGAGACACUGAAUGCAAUAUGCGGCUCGGUGCUCGAUCUCAAUCGCGAGAACGUAAUCGGCCUGAGAGACGAAGCAGUCCUGAAGAUUGUGCUGCAAGACAGCGAUCGCAGCGACCGAAAGAUUGCGCAUCUGGAGAUCGACUCUUCGGGAAAUAAGUGGCUCUAUUUCUGGCCGGACUUCCUCGAGCUGUACACAAAGUAG